CUUCUCCUCCUCCUCCUCCUCCUCCUCCGCCUUCCUCCUCCCGGCCCUGCCUCCCUCCCCCUUUCAGAACACUCAAUGUCGGAACGUUCCGAAGAUGACGUCGGAGCGUUCUCGAAUCCCGUGUCUCUCGGCUGCUGCUGCCGAAGGAACAGGGAAAAAGCAACAAGAAGGAAGAGCAAUGGCGACACUGGAUCGCAAAGUGCCCAGUCCGGAGGCGUUUCUGGGCAAACCCUGGUCCUCCUGGAUCGACGCCGCCAAAUUACACUGCUCGGACAAUGUAGAUUUAGAAGAGGCUGGAAAAGAGGGUGGAAAAAGCAGGGAGGUUAUGAGGCUUAAUAAAGAAGAUAUGCACUUGUUUGGCCAUUACCCAGCACAUGACGCCUUCUAUCUCGUCGUGUGCAGUGCCUGUAAUCAGGUCGUCAAGCCACAGGUUUUCCAGGCGCACUGCGAGAGAAGACACGGUUCAAUGUGCAGACCCUCUCUCUCGCCCGCGUCUCCACCCUCCAAUUCCAGGACGUCCCUCGUCCCAGGGAGAACCAAGACCUGUCUGAGCGGCCAUAACUCUGCCAGCAGCACCUCAAAGCCAUUCAAAACGCCCAAAGACAAUCUUCUUACCUCCAGCAGCAAACAGCACACGGUCUUUCCUGCGAAAGGAUCGAGAGACAAACCAUGCGUUCCAGUUCCUAUAGUCAGUUUAGAGAAAAUUCCUAACCUAGUGAAGGCAGAUGGUGCCAAUGUCAGAAUGAACUCGUCAGCCCCCUCUGCGGUCACCUCCUGCUCCACCUCUGCGGUCUCCACCCCACCUCUCACUAAGCCAGUCUUGAUGUCCAAGCCGGUGCCGCCUUCCCCUGAGAAGAUCCUAAACGGCAAAGGAAUCCUCUCUGCCUCCCUAGACAAGAAGCAUCAAAAUGGCACCAAAAACAACAACAAGCCUUACAGGAGACUCUCAGAGAGAGAAUUUGACCCAAAUAAACACUGUGGAGUAUUGGAUCCCGAGACAAAGAAACCUUGCACAAGAUCCCUCACCUGCAAGACACACUCGCUAAGCCAUCGGAGGGCAGUCCCGGGCCGGAAAAAGCAAUUCGACCUCCUUUUGGCGGAACACAAAGCCAAGUCCCGAGAAAAAGAAGUUAAAGAUAAAGAGCAUCUCCUGGCUUCCACAAGGGAGGUGCUUCCCAACCCCGCUGGGCCGGGGCCAGAGACUCUGCCGGGAUCUUCUGGGAGCUCGGGGCCAGAACCUAAAGUCGCCUCCCCUGCAAAAUCCAGACCACCUAACUCUGUGCUUCCUCGACCGUCAUCUGCCAAUAGCAUAAGCAGCAGCACGUCUUCCAAUCACAGUGGCUACACGCCGGAACCCCCUCUGCCCCCAGCCGGAGGGGACCUCGCCAGCCGACUGUCAAGUGAUGAAGGGGAGAUGGACGCAGCCGAAGACUCGGAGAAGUUAGACUGUCAGUUCUCCACCCACCACCCCAAACCUCUUGCGUUUUGCUCAUUUGGAAGUCGUCUCAUGGGACGUGGGUACUAUGUGUUUGAUAGAAGAUGGGAUCGUUUUCGACUCGCACUAAACUCCAUGGUAGAAAAACACUUGAAUUCACAGAUGUGGAAGCACAGAAACCCGAGUCCCAGGGCCUCAGGUCCCUCCCCCCUUUUCAGGACUUGCCUAACCAACCUUCUGUCUCUGAGCAACAUUGGGGCUGCCUGGGUGUCAACUCUGGAGAGCGUAGCGCCUCGCUGCCCUCUCAGCCUCGCUGCCCAAACCCCAGGCCCCCCCGACGGGCCCGACCCUGGAGGGAUGGCAGCCGAUGGGGGCGUGGAAGACAUUAGGAAGAAAAGGAACGGCCAAGACUCUUUUUUCUUUAACAAGCAUUUAACUCUGCAUCAGGAGACGCCAGCACAGUAUUCUCUUGCAGCCAGGAAGAUCCCUCCUGCGGCAGAUAGCCCCAUGCCCUCGCCAGCAGCCCGCAUCACCACCCCCGUUCCGGCAUCCGUUUUUCAGCCUUUCAGCAACCCCAGUGCUGUGUACCUUCCUUCAGCUCCCAUCAGCUCGAGGCUCACCUCUUCCUACAUCAUGACAUCAGCCAUGCUCUCAAACGCAGCUUUCGUGGCAUCGCCGGAUCCGAGCGCCCUCAUGUCCCACACCUCAGCUUUCCCUCAUGUGGCUGCCACCCUCAGCAUCAUGGACUCAACCUUCAAGGCCCCCUCCGCCGUGUCCCCGAUACCAGCCGUCAUCCCUCCCCCCUCCUCCCACAAGCCAUCCAAAACCAAAACCAGCAAAUCCUCAAAAGGCAAAGACCUGUCCGCCCGUAGCGACGAGUCUCCAAGUAACAAAAAGAGGAAGUCGCAGCCUUCGACUUCCUUCUCCUCCACCUCCUCCUCCUCAUUAUCCUUGCCGACACCCCUCUCGUCUCCAUUGUCAGGGCCCCACAAAAAGAACUGUGUCUUGAAUGCCAGUUCCGCAUUGAACUCCUGUCAGGCGGGCCCUCCCUUUAACAGCCUGUCUGCACACAGCGCCAACAACGGGGUGAGCCCACUCAGUGCCAAACUGGAGCCCCCAGGACGGACCUCGCUGCCCGGUGGCCCCGUGGACCUUGUGAGACACGUGGGCUCGGCGGGCGGCAGUGGCCCCUGUCCCCUCUCGGUGCCCUCCCUGGCGGGGGACCUCUCCCUGGCUGCCCACAAUGCUGUGGCUUCUCUGCCCCACUCUUUUGACAAAUCAGAAGGAAAAAAGCGUAAGAACUCGAGUUCUAGUAGCAAAGCCUGUAAAAUCACUAAAAUGCCUGGUAUGAAUAGUGUUCACAAAAAGAACCCGCCCGGCCUCCUCGCAGCCGUGCCUGACCCCGCCAACAGCAUCUCCGCUCGGCAGGUUGGGAAAAAUAGCAGCCUAGCUUUGUCACAAUCCAGUCCUUCGAGCAUAUCCAGCCCAGGACACAGCAGACCGAAGACUACAAACAGAACGGGCAGGAUAAGGACUCUACCAUAGUAAUCAGACUCCAGAGCCACUUCCAAACUGAUUCCUGGUGCCCGUGGCCGGCAGAGGAGCGGGGAGGGUGUGGGCAACAGGGGAGAGGCUAUUUCUGGUGCCCUGUCUAUGGCUCUGGUCUUUUUCCUUCUUUUUCUUUCUUUUUUUUUUUUUUGUUUGAUUUGACCAAUUCUUAGUUUUCAAGAAAAAGGCAAAAGAAUGUGAGUUGGAGAUUUACAGAAAACGAUGCCAGUGUUUUUGUUCCUGUCGCCUUUAUUUGCCAUGUGUAAGCAUUCUUCCAAGUUUGGGGUCACUCCUCUAGCUUCUGUGUGAUGCUGCUGCAGCUCUGUCAUUCUCUUCAGCCACAAGAGCAGAAGUGGCAGAAUGUCCGUUCCAGGCCGGCGUCUGGGACAUCAGCCCUCGGACGGGCAGACUUCCCACCCAUGCCUCCCACCUGCUCCCGCCUGCACCCCACUGACCAUCAGAAGGAGCUGGACAACACGUGUGGGCAGGAAAGAGGGAGGGCGCGUGGCUGGGGAGGAGGCUCGUGGAGGGAGGCCAGAGCAGAGAGUGGGUGGGCUGUUUCUGCAGGCCUGUCGCUCCCCUGGGCCCCAGCACUCAGACUGAGCAAACUGCCCCGUGCAGACUUGAGAACAGUGCCAUUUCCUGAUGUGAGGUGCCCCGUACUUCUCUCCGGCCCUCUGUCUCCCAAAGGAUAGAGUCAGGGACAGGGGCUGAGACAAGAUGACGAGGUGGGAGGAAGCAGAGAAGGGGACAGGGGGUAGGGGGAUAGGGACAAGAUGUCCCUCCAAAAAAGGGUAGAACCUGGGGGCCCUCUGGUCAUCUGCUCAUGAGGAUUCUAUGCUGGACAGUCUCUUCCAAGGCACAAUGUGCAAGGGACCAAAGCUAAGUUAGUUGCCCAGGAGGGCGGGUGAGAAGGGAGAGAACCAGGGAAGGAGAAAGGAAGGGUCUCCAAGAGAAAGUGUCAAAUCCCUGGGUAUAAUGAGUACUAACAUUACUGCACACCCAUAGGUCAGAGGAACCUCCCCCAACACGCACACACACACACACACACCACAGACACCCCCACCCCAGAUACCACCAGAAAUAGUAAGGACGAUUUAGCAGAAAAGAGUCCUUUUGAAGAGAGAAGCUGAAGCCCCUCGGCUCUCCUGCUCACACUGGAGUUUUGAGAGAAACAGCAAUACUGUAAGCUCUGAGAAGAAAUCCUGGUGGAGAAAGGAAAUCAGUAUCAAGCAGAGGUUCAGGACUGUUCAUCAUGUCAUUCUGCAUAGGAUACCGUGGCAGGGAGAUCUGGAGAGUUUGCUUCAUCCCUUUAUCAGAGGUGGAUGCCAGUUUUACAGCUGGGCACAAAUCCUCAUCCUUGCCCGCAGAGUUUCCCCGUUAUUCCCCCAUCCGUCCCUCCAACCCAAAGAUCAAACUACUGUUUUGUUUCCCCUCAUGAUUGGUUUUGCAAAGACGGGAGGCAAAUGGAGUGAUUUGCAUCAAUGGAAUUGCACUGACAGUGUUUCUUAUAAGAUUACUAAAAUUUUUAAUAUAAAAUGAAGAUUUUUUUAAAAAUCAGAAGUUGAUAAUAGGUACCAGGACAUUAGUUAAGAUGAUUUCAUUUUUAUUUCUACAGUGUUAAAAGUGCACUUAUAUGCUGGUUUAUUUACAUCUUGGGAAGCAAGAGACUGCAAAUUGAAGGGAAGAUUGUUACUUUUCUUUAAAAAAAAAAGGUUAAGGCAGAUUUUAAGACUUAAUAAAUGUUUAAGAAAUUAUAACUAAGGUUAGACCCUUUGAAAAAAGUUUAGAAGAUAUUCUUAAAAUAAAUUUUAUAGUGUUAAUUUUGUAAUAAUUUAUGUUUUACUAUAUUACAGAGCUAACUGGCCAGAAUAGUUUCAGAAACAAUAUGAAACUUAGGAAAGUUUGAAGCAAUGUUUAUAUUUUUAAAAUGUUCUUUGAAUUAUGUUUUUAUUGUACAUUUCUUCCAACUGAAAAGUAUGUACAUAUCUUUGUUAUUUUUGCACAAUUUUUGUCUUGUUUGGUUUUAGAAGUCUUUUUUUUUUAAUAAUUUAUUUUGAGUUGUAAAACUUGCAGGAGUAAAAGCAAACAAACAAAAAAAUCUCAACAACAAAAUAACCCUCUGAUUUAUAAACUCUUAUACUCGAAGAGGGAAACAAAGGUUGAGAGAUUAAGUGGCUGCUUCUGAGAAAUAAUGUCUCGACAGGGACUAAAAGGAGCAAUUCAAUAGGUUUAAACGUUUAACUCUCUACGCCUUGAAUUGCAAGCUGGGAUAAAGAGGGUCCCCACUGAAUGCUGCUUACUUUGUGAAAGACUGGCUCUGACCAAGGUGAAGACGUUUCUGGAAAACUGGGCAAAAAGGGAAAACCCACGGUGUUCCUUCCUUCACAGGCAACCACAGGUCUACUUUCUAACGGUGUAUUAAAAACUCACAGCUUGAAAAAUGGAAUGCAAAUAAAAGGUCUUCUUUGGGUUUGUUUUAAUGGCGUGCAACUGGACCAACCUAUAAAGCGUUAUUAGGGUAUUAUUCUUUGGGUACUUCUGUUUCGCCCGCCCCACUCAGCCCUCUCUCCUGCCCCUUGACUGCACACACCCCUCUUUGCCUGAAGAUCUCAUGACUGGUCUCCAGCCAUAGUGGCGCGAAAGCUCUGGUUGUUAAGCAUAACGCAAAGCAUAGACCUGUCAGCCAUAAAAAAGAAAAAAAAAGAAAAAGAUAAAAAAAGCGACUUGGAUAACUUGUAUGCCUUCUUUUGUAUCAAUGUACCAAUUGUAAAUAAUGCUGAUCAACCUUUGUAGAAAAUAGUUUAUACAGCAUAUUCUAUUAUUGCUGAUUCUCAGUGAACUCUUGUUUUGAAAAAGGAAAAAAGAAAAUUUUCUAUUUACACCUUAUAUUUUGUUAUGCUGUCGGCCCAUGGCACUUUAACAAAACUCUGUGGGUUUUCCGUAGCUGGUCAUCAUGGGUAUAUUAAAUAACUGUUGUUGCACAGACAAGAAUUUGCACCUGCUCAUUUGUCCUUUCCUACUAAAAAUUUUAGAACCUUUUCCAGAAUUUUGAAGAAAGCAUGUCCAAACAUUCUAAACAAAUGCCACACUUGCGAAGUGGGGUGUUUUUUUUCUAUGAUCCAUAUUUUGUAACACUAAGUAUUUUCCUCCUUUGCCCCGCACCUUUAUGUAUUAGCACUCUCAGAAUUCAUUCCAUGCCUGUGAUAUUGUAAGCAGAAUAAAUGUCUAAAGUAGGUGUAAAUAGUAAAUUCUAUGGCUUACAGUUUUAAAAAGAAAAGAACAAACAUGUAUCUGUUGAUACUGUCGUGGUUCAUCACCAGGCCUGGAGACAUUCUCCAGCAAGCGAUUGUAUUUUUGUUUUGUUUUAUUUUUCUUUUUUUUUUGUAACAUGGCUUUGUAAAUAAAAUAAUUUAUAUGUUUGUAUAACCAAGUCUUCGGGUUUUCAUAACAUAGAGAUUAGAGGUAUUUUCUUGGGGGAGAGCAUCUCUGCAGAUGCAC